AUGUCUGAAAACGGAGGGGACAACACUUCUGCUAACGCCACUGGCGGAGGAGACCAGCAACAAGGCGAGUACAUCAAGUUGAAGGUUGUCGGUCAAGUAAGUAUUUUUUGGUUUUCGAAAUUUUAGGUAGUAUGUUUUUUCCAAUGAAGCGAGAUUUUUAAUUUUUGUGGGUAAAUAGCUGCCGAAAAGAGAAUAAUUUGCUAAAUUCGUAACUUGUGGAAUACCUUUGAAUGGACGGGGACAUAAUUUUUUUGAUUUUGGAGUGUGUUUCCUGCAUGUUCUUUCUCUUUAUCUACAUAUUUUUACAUGUUUCCCAUUAUAGGAUGCCAAUGAAGUUCAUUUCCGUGUAAAGUUCGGAACCUCCAUGGGAAAGCUGAAGAAGAGUUACGCCGAGCGAACAGGAGUUCAGAUUGGAUCCCUCCGCUUCUUGUUUGAUGGCCGCCGAAUCAACGAUGAAGACACCCCCAAGACUCUUGGCAUGGAGGAUGACGAUGUAAUCGAAGUCUACCAGGAACAGGUCGGCGGAAACUAA